UUAUUAUCCAAGCAACAUCGUUAAACAUUAGAAGUUUCUCUGAUAAUGGCGAAUGUGAAUAUGUUCAGUAUCCACCUGAAAUUUUAGCCCCGAUACCUCUUCUCAAAAAAUGUCUUUCUCCAAUCAAUGAAAUAGCCAUUUAUCCGGAUGAUCCUAAUUACUACGAAUGCAUUAAAGUUGCCAAUUGUCGAAAUAUCUAUUUUCCUGUGGUAGUGAUUUAUGUUACUAAAGUUUCGGAUAUUCAAAUAUCUAUUAAUUGUGCAAACGCUUUAAAUAUUUCGGUAACUGCUAGAUCUGGUGGUCAUUCUUUUGAGGCAUAUGGAAAUGGUGGAAGAAAUGGUGUUAUGGUGAUUGAUGUUAAAGAGCUUAAUCAAAUUACUAUUAAUAAUGAAACGAAUACAGCUAUUAUUGGAACUGGAAAUAGAUUAGGUCCAAUAUAUUAUACAUUAUAUCAAGCUGGGUUUUUACUUCCAGCAGGCAGUUGUCCUAAUGUUGGUAUUGGUGGACACGCUACUGGUGGUGGUUUCGGUACUGUUUCAAGAAAGUAUGGAAUGUCAUCUGAUAAUAUUAUUAGUGCUGAAAUGGUUAUAGCGAAUGGAACUUUUAUAUCUCCAAUUAACUCCACACAUAAUUCUGAUCUAUUUUUUGUGCUUCGAGGCGCUGGUAAUUCAGGUUACGGAAUAAUAACCUCUCUUACCUUCAAAAUAUAUUCUAUUCAACCAAUAGUUACCACAAUUAUUUUAUCUUACAAUUCAGAACAAAUAGAAACUUUAUUCAUGUCUCUAAGCAAAGCAGCCAAAAAUCUUGACGACAAUAUAACACCUUACCUUACACUGUUACCUGAUAGUGAUAGCUCAUACACUUGUACAGUUACUGGCGUUUAUUUGGGACCUGCAGUAGAGGCACGAAAUGCUGUCAAAGAAUUAAUAGAAUUAUCAAACCCUGCUGAAACAGAUUUUAAAGAAUCAACUUGGUGGGAAUCUGUUCUUGAAGUAUCUACAAAGGAAACCAUUCAACCAAUAUUUACUCGUAAAGCUUUCAAAGCUACUUCUUUUGUUGUUAAGCCACCGGGUCUUUCUCCAGAAGCUAUUAAAUAUUUAAGGAAUUUUAUUGAUACUAUUGAAUGUCGAACAGUAGCUUUAUUUGAUGUUUAUGCUGGUGGUGCUGUAAGCAGAAUUUCAGUAAAUAGUUCUGCAUUUAUUCAUAGAGAUAUUCUUUACAUAAUACAACUAUCAAUGAAGUUAUCAGGUAAUAGUAAAAGUGUUCAAGCUAAAUGUUUAGAGAAACAUAUACAAUUUAGACAAGAAUUUCAGGCUACAUAUACUACUUAUUUUAGCUAUCAGGAUUAUGUUGAUAAAGACCUUUUAAAUUGGACAACUAGAUAUUAUGGACUUCAUUUACCUAGAUUGAUUGGGACUAAAAAAAAAUAUGAUCCCAAUAACUUAUUUUUUUGGGAGCAAAGCAUCCCUGAAAAUUAG